AUGGGCGACCCCGCCAACCUUGACGACUGGGGGUGGCGUCGGUUUGUGGAAAGAACGGUCCUCGAGGAAAACUAUGUUAUUGAAGGACACAUCACGUUCGUAUGCACCAUCAUGGUCACGCGUUAUACUACCCCUCAUGUCACCGUGCCGCCAUCCGACAUCAAGAACCAUCUCGGCUGCUUACUGGAUCAGGCAUAUGGGACGGACGUGUCAUUUACUGUCGACAGCGAGAAACUCCCCGUGAACCGAGUGAUUCUUACAGCCCGCUCACCCGUCUUCAAGGCAGAGCUUUUUGGGUUCAUGGCUGAAGCUACAAUGGGAUCCAUCACGCUGCACGAUAUCACACCUUCAACAUUCAAACGUAUUCUUAGGUUCAUAUACACGGAUGAGUUUCCUACAACAGAGGAUAACCUUUCCAACGAGGUAUUGUUUGAUUUACUCGCCGCUGCAGACUGGUACGCACUAGACCGGCUAAAGCUUAUGCAUGGGCGGAUCCAGUGUGGGUUAUGGGAUAAUGUGUCAAUGGAUACAGUUACGGAUAUUCAAGCUUGCGCUGACAUGUACAAUUGCCUCGAGUUGAAGAACAAGUGCAUUGACUUUAUUGCAAAAGAGGAAAAAGCAAAGAGGUCUCUUGUUUGA